CAUUAUAAUAAAUUAUAAUCGGUCUUUAUUCUUAUAUCAUUUGUCCCCUCUCCGGUGUCGAUCGUUAAAAAAAAAAUAUAUCUUUUUAAACAUUUUUUCAACCAGCCCAUUGUUUGGUCGUUCGGUUUACUUUUACUGAGUUUCGGUUAGGAACGGAGUAUUAACGUUGUUUUUAUUCACAAUUUUCAUUUUUCAUUUUUCUUACACCGGAUGAUGACAAAAUAUUAAAUAACCAUGUCUGAUUAUUGUUUAGUGCCCACAAUGGAUGAGCCACAUCCGAGGCCGACUGAAACUACAGGCCUGUCGAGAAAAGAUAAAGAAGAGAGAGUUCAUAUCCCUGAAUCAAGCUCGACGGGAUUUAGUUUUCGAAAACUAUGGGCAUUUACAGGGCCUGGAUUUUUAAUGAGUAUUGCCUACCUCGAUCCAGGUAACAUAGAAUCAGACUUACAGUCUGGAACGACUGCCAGGUACAAGUUAUUAUGGGUGUUAAUGAGUGCUACCAUUUUGGGUUUGGUAAUGCAACGGCUAUCAGCUCGCUUAGGUGUUGUUACUGGUCUUCAUUUAGCUGACAUGUGUUAUCGCCAGUACAGAAAAGCUCCAAGACUAUUUGUUUGGCUAAUGAUGGAAGUUGCUAUCAUUGGUUCAGAUAUGCAAGAAGUUAUCGGUACUUCAAUUGCGAUUUAUUUACUGAGUAACAAAUUGAUACCACUUUGGAUAGGAGUGCUGAUCACUGUCAUUGAUACUUUAUCUUUUUUGAUGCUGGACAAGUAUGGACUUCGAAAAUUAGAACUAGUGUUUGGUCUAUUCAUUGUUAUAAUGGCAUUGUCAUUUGGAUAUGAGUUUGCAAUUGUUCAACCCGAUAUAAAAGAUAUGGCUAAAGGAUUAGUUACCCCAUGGUGUUCAAAUUGUCAGGAAUCUGCUCUUCUUCAGGCUGUUGGAAUUAUUGGAGCAAUCAUAAUGCCACAUAAUCUAUACUUACAUUCAGGCCUAGUCAAGUCUAGGGAAGUUGACAGAACAAAAAAAGACAAAUUACAAGAAGCCAAUUAUUAUUUUUUUAUUGAAUCUUCUAUUGCUUUAUUUGUAUCAUUUGUGAUCAACGUAUGUGUUGUAUCAGUUUUUGCUCAUGGAUUAUACGAUAAGACAAAUAGUGAUGUGUUGGAGAUCUGUACCAAAAACAAUAAUACUUAUUCAGAUAUUUUUACAAAUGAUACUUCAUUAGUAGAAGUUGAUAUAUACAAAGGUGGAGUAUUCCUUGGGUGUCAAUUUGGCAUAGGUGCUAUGUACAUUUGGGCAAUUGGUAUUUUAGCUGCCGGUCAAAGUAGUACAAUGACUGGAUGUUAUGCUGGUCAAUUUGUAAUGGAAGGGUUUUUAAAUCUUCAAUGGAGCCGAUGGAAAAGAGUUGGGUUUACUCGACUGGUUGCUAUUGCACCCACAUUUUAUGUGGCAUUUUUUAGUAAUAUUAAUGAUCUGACUGGUAUGAACGACCUAUUGAAUGCAGUAAUGAGCUUACAACUACCAUUUGCUACACUUCCAGUAAUUGCAUUCACUAGUAAUCCUAGAAUUAUGGGAGAGUUUACCAAUGGAUUGGGAAAUAUUUUAAUAACAAUCAUUUUGUCUGCUAUUAUAAUAAGUAUAAAUAUAUACUUUGUUAUCUAUCACACAAUCACUAAUUUCAAUUACAAUUUGGCUUUAAUAAUUGGAGUUAUGGUAUACAGUGUAAUUUAUUUAUUGAUGUGCGCUUAUCUUACAGUACAUCUUGUUAUCAGUAUGCUGGAUGAUUGUAGUGUGCUACGUAGAAAUCCAUUUGUUAUUCGAUUUAUUGGUCCACAAAUUGGCAACACUUUUUCUCAACAUCAACAAACAAAUUUUUCACCACCAAGCAGUCAAGAUGACGUAACAAAUAUCAAGCUAUAAUAAUGAAUAAUGAUGGAAUGUUGUUGCAUGUGUCAAAAAGAUUGCACUUAACACCAGACAACUAGCAAAUUACACGAGAAGCACAUGGUGGGCAACAUUAUCUAGUUACUAUUAUUGUUAUGUACAUCUGAUGGAAGAAUUGUGACCUUCUAUUCUAGAUUUUUGUUUGCUGUGAACAAUAUUAUAUAUUUAAUUAUUAUUUAUUUAUUUUCAAAUUGUCUACAUUUGUAUUUUUAAUUAUCAUACAUUUUAAAGAAAAAAUAUUUUUUCUUUGAUAUUUAUUGUAAUUAAUAAUCCAAAAAAUGAGUACUAAUCAAGUGACUAUCGAAUAGUUUACACAAAUUAAAAUAAUCUAAAAUUAUCAUAGUAUGUAAAUGUAUAUGACUGGAAUUAAAUAGUAAUACAAAUCAUCAUUGAUAAAAUAUAUAUAUAUUAUGUAUACGUGUGUAUAUAUGUUUCUAAAUUCAAACAGAAUUUGUUAAAUGUAUUAACUCAAUAUUUAUUAUUUUUUUAAUUUUUUUUUUUCAAUAUGUAUUUAUUAGUGUAUAUUUAUUUUAUUUUAUACAAUAAUAAUUAUAAGGUUGUUUAAACUCGGACAAGCCUUUAUAAUUAAACAUAAACUUUUCUAUAAGUAAACAGUUUUCGUAGUAAUUAUUAAUUAUUUUCAUUUACAUGUACUCAAUAUUAUUGUUAUUUAUGUUUUUUCGUAGCAUUACUAAUUCAUUGUAUACAAGAAAAUGUCUUUUUAACUUAUCAAUGUCUCAUAGACAAAAAACAAAAAAAACAUGUGAUAAAAAAAAUUGUUAUUGAAAUUAUGUUUUAAUUGGAUAAAUUUAUUAUUUGUUAUAAAUUAAUAUAAAAUACUAAAUAGAUACCAAUAUUAUUUAUUGACAUGUAAAUUAUACUCUUUGAUUAAAUUAUUAAUUAUAUGUACAUAUAAUAUAAUUUUAUAUAAAAAAAAAAUGUAUUUUUGUCUUUCACUUUAUGAUUUAAAAUGUAUACUUAAUUGUAUAUAGGUACCUUUUUACCUUUUUGGUUAAAUUACAUAUUUAAAACAAUUAAUGUUACCCUACUUAUUACUGUUAUUAUUAUUUUUAAGAAUAUAAUUAUACCAUUUUUGUACAAGAUGAUUUUAUGUGCAAUGAAAAUUAUUAACAAUUUUAUUAUUUUGAACAUUAAAAGUAUAAUUUUAAAUAUUAAAAUAAUAGACAAUGAAAAGUAAUAAGUAAUAUUAUAUUAUAUAAGUUAGAAGUCUAAUGUUUUAUCUAUAAUUUUGAAUGUACUUAUGAUUUAAAUUUGGCCAUUUACUUAACAAAUAUAUUACAUAAUAUGUAUUGAAGUUAUUCUUUUCCAAGAUAUUUAAAUUAUAAUGAACUUCCAAUGAAAUAUAUUAUUAUUUUUAUUGUAAAUAACAUUUAGUAUAAUAUACAAAUUCAUAUUACUAUAAUUAGAUAUUAUGAUAAACCAUGUAUGCGAUUUAAUUAAAAAUUUAUAACUAUAAUUAAAAAAUCAAUUUAACUUGACAAGGCCAAGUUAGUAGCCAUAAGUUUAUCAAUUUCCAAAAAUAUCUACUGGGAAAUAAGUAAUAUAAUAACGUUUUUAUCUAAGUGAUAUAAAUAAAUGAAUCCAACUGAAAAUA